AUAAGCUAUUGUGGUAUUCAUACGAAAUUUCAUAUUACACAAUUGUAAGUAUAGUAUUGUAGAGGGCUGCGUUCGCGCGCCCCGGCGAGCGGCGCCGACGCAGUCCCGCUCGUAUCGUCGCCGCGGCCGCACGCGCGAUGGCCCGCCUCAACGUUCUGUUCGCGUUCGCCGUGCUCGCCGCGUUUGUCGCGUCCGCCACCACCGAACCCCCGCAUCCACGCCUCAUCGACUUCAACCCCUGGGCAUGGCUCCCGGCCAACAGGAAUCGAUCUCCUUCCAUCAUGGACUACUUCUUCCCACCCUCUCGAACACCCAAACAAUCCAUGUUAGACCCACCCGCUGACCGUACACCCCCACAAAUAACGAUAACUACCGUUGAACCCACCACCGUUGAAGAACGAACAACCCUACGUAAAACCACCAAAACAAAAUCAACACCCGCGAUCCAUUCCACCGCAACUAUUCAACCGAAAACUAAAAAAGUAACUCAUAAAGGGCCGGAAACUACGGUAGAAUUUAAAACUCAAACCACUAAAAUCGAAUCACCAGUUCCGACUAAAGACGCGACUAUUCCAUCCACUUAUCGGCCGACGAAGCAUUACACGAUACGGCCGGUCGUGCGGACGACGGAAACGCCAACCGUCCAAGAUACAGAGACGACGUUGAACACGGACAGUACGGAGACAGUUUCCGAGUACGACACUUCGGGAACGACGGCGGAAGGCCCGAAGGAUACUGCGCCGACUUUGAGCACUGGAAGCGAAUCCAGGGCCACGGAUCCUGGGACGAGUACUGCCACCGUGGAAUCCAGCACGCAGCCGGAGACCACCGUCUCGGACUCCGCAGACAGUCGCGAGGGUUACCUUCCCCUCCGCGACAAACCCGCGCAGAACAACGUCAAGAUUAACGAUCAAACCAAAAAAGAGACGGUGCCUCUCCCCGCGGGUUCUACGAACGUGCUGGCCAAACCCACCAAGUACCACUACUACCCACACAACCAGCACAUCUAUCUGCUGCCAGAAUGCGCUAUACAACAGGUGUGCAAUGCAGUGUACGUACGUCUAAACUACACUCAGCCUUUAUGUGCUUGCCCGGCUCGGUACCGGGACCCUUGCUCGGCAAGUCUCAAUGCAGAUGACCUGCACACCACCAGGCUUACUACAGAUUCUAAGAAGAAGUACGCAAACAAAGCGGUGACCUUAGUGAAGACGUGCGAGGCUGUCUCCGAGAUGCGAGAAUGUCGCGCUCCCCGGGAUUGGUCGCUACUGGCCCUGCAGAACAUUAGGACCGGCAAGUCGCACUAUCUCGUCAUCUGCCGGUGUCCAGAGAACCAUAUACUGGAAGGCCCAAUGUCCCACGAUCAACCCACCUACGCUUCAGUACCCGGAAUCCGAGUGUAUGGAAUGAUGUGCGUGCGACACAACCCUGUUUACCAAGGGUUCACCGCGAACCGAUUCGCCGCAGUACAGAGCACCACCAGCGCCUACAAAGUGGACUACUCCCAGCCACACGCGUACCCCGACAAGCCAGUCUACAACCGCUACCAGUCACCCAGCUACCUGACUCCAAACUACUACAACAGGAGGUCCAGACUCUCAAGAGUCAGAAGAAACGCUGACUACCCCCCCUUCCCAUGGUACAAAGUCAGAGAACUGGCGCGAUCGUUACACUGGAUCGAUUAGGAUAAUUUUAUGUUUAAAAAAGUAUGUUGGGUUCAUUAAGGCCCUUGUAAUCGUUGCCUCCUUGAAUUCAACGAAAACUUUAUAAAACGCUUCCCCGUUAAUGUAGUCACAGAGAACUUUCCCACUCUAAACUUUCGUUUAGUCUGGUGAAAAUACUGCCUACUCAAUACUCAACUGAAUUUAUUAGUUUUAAAGCUGAGACUCUGUAACCAGUAUGCCUAACUUAUUUAUUUCAGUAAUUAUAUAGUAGCAGUACCUACGUAACUUAUUUAUGGCAUGAUAUAGAAUUGUUUGUUUGCCAGAAACAUAGAGAUAACCAUGACUAUAAUAAGAUUAGUAUAAAUGGUAAAACAGGAGAUAGUUGCCCCACCAUCGCACUAAUACAAGGUGAUAUUUAGUGAAAAUAUUAUGUGGAAAUCUGAAUUUCCUUAAAAAAAUAUUGCAAAAUAAUAAAUUUCUUAUUUUAUUUUUAGGUAAGAAAUUUUGUUUUAGUAGUUUUACUUCUCUGUACCAAUUUAAUAAAGGUUUGAGCCUAAAACCUUAUAAAUGAUCCCUACGAUGAUCACAAGUAGGAAUAAAUUCUUGUUCUUUGGAAAUUUCAUGGGAUUAAUGGGACCGAUAAAUUCAGAUUUUCACGCAAGUAUGACAAAAUAUGCCUGUAAUUAGAAUGUUCUUACACAAAAUGAUGUGAUAAUCAAUUUCAGAUAUUUUUUGUGUAACGUCAAUGCAUUUAUAGUUAUUUAAGAUUUUAGUUUUAGUAUUUACAUUAUUUAUUUAAGAAAACCAUACUUAGAAGUUCAGAUGUAAAUAGUAGUUUUAAUGAAAUAAAUGUAAUUACGAAGAUUAAAUUUAAACUGAGAGUA